CUCGCGAGUUUUUGGUUUUCGUUGGCGUGUCUGUCGUCUACCGACUAGAGCCCAUGCCACCGGCUACGGGACAGCGCACGACCUCUCUCUCAUCCAUCCUCGUGUCAGUGUUCGCCGUGUGUCUGCUUUGUCAAGCGGUGCUAUUCCGCAACAUCUUCUCGGCGGUCGCCGACUUGCAACACGACGGCGACCAUCGUGCCCAUCUCCGCUCCGUGGCUGCUGCUGCCACCUCGUCCGAUCUUGUUGAGGCUGGGAUCGACAAUUCGACAUCACAUUCAACCCGUGCGUCCAGCCAAAACACGACCGAGCCGACAGGUCCUUCUGGUUCCGCAAGCAAGAGCAUCGACCCCCUCCUUCCCUUCAAUUCCAACGCAUCAGUAUCUCUUGCAUCCGUGGUUGAACCCACCACGACCUCGAAUUACGCGCCACUGUCAUCCGCCGCCGCAUCGCCAUCCUCCUCUUUGCAUCCGUGGACGGUGGCCGAUGUCUCGUUCGACCGCGUGAUGAACGCAGAUACAAGGGGGGUGUUUGUGUCCAAAUUCGCGUCGGCACCCCGUGGUAUCGUCAUGUGCAUGCACACUCGGAUGGUUCCCAUGGGUGUGUCGUUGAUCCAGGAACUUCGGGCGCUGGGGAACAUCGACCCCGUCCAAGUGUUUUACUGCCUCCCCAACGAACUCUCGUCGACGGAUGUGACGCUCUUGACAGGCCUCGGCAACGUUGAAGUCGUAGACUUGUGCUCCGUACUGGUAACGUCGCGCAUCUUUGCAGACCAUGGCGUGGCCAGCCGGUUUCAAAACUUUUGGCUCAAGCCACUGGCCCUGGUGUUUUCGCCGUUUCCAAACGUCCUCCUGGUCGACGUGGACGCGAUCUUCUUGCACGACCCAGCUUUGCUCUGGACAUCCCCCCCUGUGGUCGACACAGGCACCUUGUUCUUCCACGAUCGGGUCCUCGACUUUAGCCAAUUCCUCAACCAAGAUGUUGGCCCAGACGACGGCCAAACGUUCAUUCAAGUGUUCUUCGACACGUUUCCGUACGCUGCCGUCAACUUGACGCGACCGGCUGCCAUCUCCGACACCAUGCGGCGGUCCAUGGUCUGGAACAAGCACACGGCGCAUGAGCAGGACUCGUCGGUCGUCCUCAUCGACAAGACCCGCGCGGGGCCCCACGUGCUUGAGACCCUGUGGUAUCUCGUCACAGUCAAGCGAUUUCAAGACCAAAUCACGUUUUCCUGGGGCGACAAGGAAGCGUUUUGGCUCGCGUUUGAGCUCGCCGGUAUCCCGUAUGCGUUUUCGCCGUGGAACUGCGGGGUCGUGUCGCUCCCAGACGACGCGGCUCUGCACCCCACGACGCUGUGUGGCAGUUUGGCCCAGUACUGGCCCGACCUAAACAAGAACGAUGUGUUCUUUGUCAAUGGCAACGCCGUCGUGAACGUGUAUCGCCUCGGAGACGGGCGCCACACGGACUGGGCGGCGCGGGCGGCCUCCCUCGUGGCCGCGAUCCCGAAGCUCGUGACGCCACGUCAUACGCGGCACCCCACAAGUCAAAACCGCCAGGGGCUGGAUCAAACGUGUUUGCUUGGCGAAGGCGCGACCGACAUAGCCCCUGCGUUCCAGGACGUAGCCGAACGGCGCAUUCGACGGGGUCAGGCUGUGGCCGAAGCCAUGACGUGGGACUAGUACAAUUUAACUUAGGAGGUGUAGUUUCACAUGGUAGUACUAUACAUAUAUCGAGUGCAUACUAGUUAGUAUAUUGGGCUGGUCGUAACAUUACUUGGGGGAGGGCCAGCUUCACACUUGAAGCUGACCCCCUU